AUGGCCCGCUCCAGCUCUUUGCUCGCCUUCUUGGUGUUGGCCCUUGGCUGCUCUGCGAUGCUUUGCUUCGUGGGCACAACUCCAGCACCUGCAAGCAAGUCGCUCCGCGCGCCAGCAGUUCAGAUGGAGGCACGAGGUGGCGCUGACGGCGCACUGGGUGACAUGACUCCCGACACGUACAUCAUCGGAAUCACUGUCUUCGGCAUUGCAUCCUUGUUCGCCAACAUCAGCGUCACGCAGUCACGCAUUGAUCGCAGCAGCUACGUGCAUGCCCAUGCCGGGUCGGCGGCCACUUUCAGCUUGAGCCGCAAAAAGUUGUUGGUGGUCGCUCCUGUUCCUGUGCCAGCUUUCCCAAGACUUGCAAUGGCCCGCUCCAGCUCUCUGCUCGCCUUCUUGGUGUUGGCCCUUGGGUGCUCCGCUCUGCUUUGCUUCGUGGGCACAACUCCAGCACCUGCAAGCAAGUCGCUCCGCGCGCCAGCAGUUCAGAUGGAGGCACGAGGUGGCGCUGACGGCGCACUAGGCGACAUGACUCCCGACACGUACAUUAUCGGAAUUACUGUCUUCGGCAUUGCAUCCUUGUUCGCCAACAUCAGCGGCUUCUUCAACCCUUGA